AUGGUUCCUCUCGACUCCUGCUCGCUCAUGGUCUUCUGGUAUUCAGAGGGCAAGAAACAUCCGUUGAAAAAUCUCCAAAACGUUCCGUUCCAACACGUGCAACGGGAAUUUUUUGUCCUCUCGCGAGGCGCAAACCUGUUACCGCAGGUGCCAAAGCGCACUUAUGGCUGCCGAUUUUACCAGAGGUUGUUAGUACGAUCUCGAUGCGUCGAUCCUUCUCUUCACCCCCGACUGCGCCAAGAAGCUGCUCGGAUAACCUCAAAACGCCCACAUGGUUUGCGAUUUACAGGCCAUCAGCUGACGGUGUUCAACAGUCAGUCGACCAUCCAUGUCGGAGGUCGGUGGAACCGCAGCAAGGAGAGGGUCGAGAGGCCAUUUCUUGGUAUCAUUUCGGGAUUGGUGGUCAACGGUGCACGGAUUUUGGAGUUGGCAGCUGCCAAAGAUGGCAGGGUCACUACCAGGGGAGAUGUCCAACUUUUACCGGCAGGCAGCCUCCUGGACAGGGCCGCUCCGUUGCAAAGAAUGCAGCAGACUCCCGCCUCCGGAUUCCCUGGGGUCAUGGACGAUCUAAUAUUUUCCGGGGCCGGAAGCGGAUGUGCCGGCGACGACGAAGACGAAUGCACGCCCAUCUACGAAUCUGGUUCCGAUGAUCUGAUUACGCCAGUGUACGUGGCGCCUACGAGGUCGCCGACGACGCCGAAACCGAAAAUCCAUAAGGAGAAUAUCCAGGAGAGGCCCUCCUGCGACGACGAGGAGGACUGCGAGGAAGGCUCCGGGGAUCCCGGGACGACCGAGGAAAUCUUCGUGACGUCGCCGACAGGCACGUAUAUCCAGGAAUUGGCAGAAAAUUUCGGGCCGAACGCAUCCAGCGCAGCCGACCUGAGCACGGUGACCCUUACCACUCCGAAGGAGACGCCGACGAGUCACAUCAGCACGCAGAGCUCCACUCUCAGUCCGACCUCGUCGAGAGGGUUCUACACGGUCUCGACGCUGCCCAAUGUGUCCAGCACCGGCAUCGAAUCAAGCCACGGCAGCAGCACCGUGACGCUCCGAGCGAUCAGCGUAACGACGCAAUCCACGACGACAACCACCACGGAAAUGACCGAUCCACCUCCACCCCCAUUACCACCGGUGUACCCGCCGAUGCCGACGCCCCCGAAGAACAACAACAACAAGAGGAUCACCUCCGAGGCGGCGGAGAACGCCGCCCUGAUAAUCGGCAUAAUUGCGGGCGCCCUGAUAGCGAUAGUCCUGAUCAUCCUGAUAAUCCUGAAGUUCAAGAACCGCCCAGAAGCAAAUUACAAGGUCGACGAGAGCAAGAAUUUCUGCCAGGACCCUAACGCCGCGUUGCUGGGGGCGGCGGGGUCGGGUCAACCUUUCAACGGAGCCCUGAAGAACGGGGCGAACGGCAGUAAAAACGGUAAAAAGAGGGAACUCAAGGAUAUCAAAGAGUGGUACGUAUAAAGGGGUGACGGAGUACUGCCGGGGAAGGAGAGGCCGAGCCAGGAAGAGGAAGUGCGACGAAGAUGGAGGGCCCUCCGACGAGGACGCACUCGAAGAACGACGCGACCUCGAGGCCACUGCAUAUUCGGAAAUUGCGCCCCUUACGUGUAAUUAGCCGUUAAGGAGGGAAACGUGGCUGCUGAUUGCACGAUUUACCGUCACUGGAUGGGAUGCCAUUUUAAUUAAUCGCUAAUUUGGCCGUGCUUUUCUUGCGAAUAAUGCGUGUCACGCGGUGCAGAAUUUAAGUUUCACGAGCCUCGGUCUGGUUUCAACCUUCGUCCACGUUCUGUAAACGAGGUUUCUAAGGAAUAUUCUUCUGAGUUAAAAAUAGCUGAUCACGGUAACACACCGUAGACUUUUCCUCGGAAGCCUAGACGCGAAGUAGUCCGGAGGGGAAUUUUGUCAAAAUUAGAUGUCCAAAAAAAGAGGGCUUCUCUUAGAGAUCGAUUAUCACGAAACGAGAGUGUCGUUGCGUUCAGUAGCCUCGUUAGCGCAAUCUCUGCUGAAACUUACUCGUAUGCAAAAGAGAAAAAGAGAGAAAGAGAGAGAGAGAGGAAAACGCGGAGAGACGAGGCGAGUCAAGACUGAUCGAGUUAUGGGCAAAAAGUAAUAACGAGCGAAGAAUAAUAACGCGAAAAAAUUACACAAACCACGGAGCGAUGGGAGAAGAGAGAAAGAGAAAGAGAGAGAGAGAGGGGGUGUGGGGACGUGUGUGUUUGUGAGCGAGAACAUGAAUGAACAUCGAGGAUCAUUUUGCUCGUGCUGUAACGAUGUAUACUUAUCAACGCGCAAUGUCAAGCUCCUUCGAGGACGAUAUCAAACAGAUAUCCUUUCGAUUCGACGGAGCGAAAAAGGGCGAGAUUUUCAUUUCCACUCCGACGCUCUCCUCGCGAGUCUCGAAGGGAUUCGAUUCUCGAAUGGGAGAAGUCGAUCUCGCGGAAAAUCGGGGGAAUUCCUCAAGGCGGGAGAAGCGCUGGAAGAGCGAAAGUAUAGGUAAUUAAAAAGCGAUCCUAAAUAGUAAUUACUACACUAAUUGUUGUAUAGAAGAUAUAUAUAUAUAAAUAUAAAUAUAAAUUAUGUUAUGCGUGUAAAUUGUUUAUCGAAUUAUAGAUUUUAUUAAAGAAAAAGCGAGGGGAGACGGGAAACCGGCCAGCACGAAAUCGAGGGAAACGCGCGAGUUUUCGCCGGAGUAGCAAGGACAUUCGAGAGGUAGCCCAUUGAGAAAAUUAAAAUUAAGGGAAUUUGGAUAAUGCAUAACUCUCUGGGAGUGGCGGAGGGAAAAUUCAAGCACCUCGGAGUAGGCGUAGAAAUUGCGAAAUUGCUUUUACAUGACACACACAGGGUGCAAGUGCAGCGUCGCCGCUAAAUUCUUAAAACUUAUCGAUGAAUCGAGAGAGUCGCGGUAUUAGGCUUCUAGAGUGAGAACCAUUUUUAACGUGUGUGUGUGUUUCGCAAUAACGAGGAAAAAGAAAAGGGCGCCAAAGAAACGACUGAGAAUAAUUAACUCGAGAAUCGCGCAUGGAAUGGCCGCGGAUUUUUCUUUCCAUUCUCCCGGAAAACCGCGAAGACCGAAAAGCUUCGCGGCAAGUUUUGAAAGCUCUCCCAAUCGGCCUCUCGACUUUUCCUGAAUUAGAGGGAAGCUUCGAAAGAGCGACGACAAAAGGAAAGAAAUAAUAAUCCAAGGGAUAAAGACUCGAGGACUCAAAGGGGAGGCGAAACCCGCGAAAUACCGAACUCUCUCUCCCUCUCUCUCUCUGUGGUGGCUGCCACGUGGGCAGGCAUAUAAAUAAAUAAGCAAAUAAAUGUACAUAUAUUUUCGUAAAGCACCGACUCGCCGUUCGUUUCCGAGAGCCGAUCUAGCCGGCCCGCAGGUGUGAUUUCCGUUCACCUGUCCACGAGCCAGGGAGAGGAAAAAGGGGCGAAAAGUUCCCCAGGGAACAUUAUCCGAGAUCCCCAGAAAAUACUAGAACCGCCAGCGCGAGUUUCCUGGGGAAACCAAAGAGAGAGAGAAAAAUGGUGUCCGUCUCAAACUACCGAGAACGAGCCCGGACCUCGAUUCGUCGGAAAAUCUGCCGAGGUUUGAUAUCGAGGCGAAAAAUCGAGAGAAUCGAAAAUCAAAGGCCAGGUCGUUUCCGAAAUCGACUGUGUCCCCUCCAGAAAUGGAAAUUUUCGGGAAGCCCGAGAGGGUGGAGGGAGGGGAACUUAUACUUUUUUUUUUCUUUUAAUUUUGUUUCAGUGCGACGCGCUCGAGAGAACGCCGAGAGCGCACGUGAGGACAGUGAAACGCGGCAAUUCGCCGCGAAUUGCUCGUUGGAUGGCGAUAAACUGACGAAUCUCGGCACUAUGGUGCUUUCCCAGUGACGCGAAGUGUUAAGAGACAUUCGGUGAACGGUUUGCCGAGAGGGUGGGUGGCAUGAAAGUUGUAUAGAAAUGUUAGAGCUGCGCCGGAUCAAGGCCGGACCGUCUUGAGUUCCUGUCUGCGUACGUUUCGUAAGUUUCGCAAGUUUUGCACAUUUGGUUGGUUUUAGGUGUACGCUGUUUCAUAGGUGUACGUCCCGUAGACGUAAAACGCGCAAAGGCGAGAGCGUGAACCGAGUGGGCGCCUGUAGACGUAGCCGAGUGCGAUUGGGCGCGAGUGAAUGUACGCGAGGUGCGACUGAGGCUUAGCGAUAUGUACAGCGAGUACUGCUAUUCGAUAGUUUCGAGAUUUCUUUGAAGUACCUCGCGAGGCGAGGCGUCACUUUGCACACGCGUUACGUGAACGCGAGGGUUUUUGUAUAUUGCCGAACAUUUUUUAAGAGUUUUCCGUUCGCGCGCGCGUUCGCCGCGACGCAGGCCUUAAGGGGUUGACCACGGCUUCCUCUUUCAAGUUUCUACAGCUUGUAACCCUUUCGCACCCCCUGGCUUCGCUCCGAACCCCGGAGGCCGAGGGAUUCGUGUUCAAAGUAUCCCCUCCCAUAGCACAACCCGUGCCGUUUGCAAUGGAGUCUCGAACACCCCACUUCGAUGUAAAUAUACCGAAGGUAGCGAUUCGUUUCCGGGUACUCGAUGGCUCCCCAAAAGUCUCCCAGGGUGGAGCUCGCCCUCUUGAUCUUUCCAUCGCUGAAAGUCGAGGAUCUCUCUUCUCAGAAUUCUUCCCGUGUUUCCUGCAAGUCGAGGGUGGUGUACCGGUGUUCGUUUCUCCUUUGGAAUCAUUUCGCGGGGCUGGAGAGAUUUCUUUUUCUCCGCGGUCGGGAACCGCGUGCGUUCAUUUCGUCGAGCAUAUCAUCGGCCCCAGGGGCCGAGUCUCGGAGGUAGAGUCCAUUGGAAGGAGAGGGCGAAAUCACGGAUAUCCUCCUCGUAUAUCCUCUAGAGUCCGCAUUAGUGCACCUGCAAACGUCAGACCGAUUAUCCCAAUUGUCGGGCACUCGAAUCGAAACAUAAAUAAUUACGUAUUUCUAACCCGAAGACUCUCGGGAUGGCGUUCUCGCAGCUGUCGACUAGCCGAGGCCGAGCCCGGCUUCGCGCGUCUUCCUAGAGCUCGCGUCGACUCGCUCUCGACACUCGUGACCGGAAAAUAUUUAUUCCUUAUUGUCAAUCGAUUUUACGUUUUAACGUAAUGUACCCUUUCCGCGUCUUCGGCAAGUCGAGAGCGCUCGAAGGACGAGCCGAGCGCGAGGCCCGGUUUGCGCCUACAAAAGGACGGUUCUCACUGUAGAUCUAUGAACUAACGAAUGAAAAGAAUCUCUGCUUGGAUGAAGCUCGACACGUAAGAGGAAGCACAUCUUAACGGCCAUCUUUCGUUGUUAGCGCGUCCUUCCCUGUUACAAACGAAUAUAAAAACCAAUUUAAAGUACACGACAAUUGUUACCGUUAUUGCAAUUUUAAUGUCCUUAUUAAUGAUGUCAAAAUAACGAUGCCUAACGCAAUUUCAUCGGCAUCAUACCUUUUGGUACACGCUGUAUCGUACUUGGAAAAAAGCGCCGAACAUACCUCUAUCACGAAUACGAGAUUGCGCGCAUAUGUGCAGCAACGUAAGAUGGCCGCUGCAUCUUCUGUCCUUAGCCAAGCCGCAUGCGAAAUAUGCAUACAGGAAACACGCCGCAAAUGCGUCAAGAACGCAUGUAUAUUUGUGUACAUCCACGCACGUGGAACAAGCAUUUGAUUUAUGAUGAAAUUUGCUACCCUACACGUGCCCGCUGUACAUUAACAAAAUUAAACGUGUGUACCAAUUACCCUGUACAGCGAGCAAGCAGCAUUUACUUCGCCACAUAAAGCAUUUAAUGAAACAAUUGCUCUAUGUGCGUAGGUAUGCAUAAUUACAUGGGUUUAUUACAUGCUUCUUGAAGAAUUUACUGUGUGCUUAUUGUGUACGUAUUCGAUGUGCCACUUGACUUGCGUCUCGAAUUUUAGUCCCCUCGUUAAAAGUCUCUAUCUCACUUCACGCCACAUUCGUUUCUUCAUAGAUCCAUGGUUCUCACCAACGACUGAUUACUUCGUAAAGCUCGCUCGAAGGCAACUUUCCCGACCGCUUCGAUCGCUCGAUCGAGCCACGGCAGGAAAACUGAAAAGCAAAGGGAAAAACGAUCUGUAGCGUGUAAAUCAGUGUGGACUUUGUAUUACGUGGCUAAUUUCAAGGAUGACCGCGGCGAUACUCCCCGGACGUUUCUCUGAUGACCAGGAAAGAGUUUUCCGGGAGUAUCGUUGUCCCUCGUCCACCUGGCUGUCGACCUGACGUCGAUUUUGCAACCUAUCGGCGUCGUUAAUCGUGCAUUUGGCGCCACCUAGAAGCGAGGAUAUAUUAAAAACGAGAAAUAAGUGCGUCUAGGAACCAAAGUUCCGAAAAUCGGGAUAACGAGCGAUCGAGGAGCUUGGCUCUAGAGAUUUUGUUCGGUAAAGAGGAGCCUCUUGGCGUCCGGUUUUUGGGGUUAGGUAAUUAAUCGAUAUAUCGAGGAUCGAACGAUACAAAAUGGCGCCGAUAAGUAGCAACAUCGAGGCUCGCGUCUCGCCGGGGCCCACCUCUAUCUGCAUAUCCUUCGAUGUACUGACAACUAAUGUUUAUACUAAAAACCUAAUAUCUUCUAUGCGAUAUCUACGAGCGAAAUGUUACUCUAUACUUAACUAUACAUUAACCUGGAGUUAAAAGUACCGAGGGGGCGGACACGUUGCGUCCGGCCCGCGGGUGUCGCGACGAGGACCUCGUCGGGGCAGAGGGGGCGUGAAAGAAAAAAAAAAAGAAAGAAAAUAACUCGGCCGUAUCUAGAGUCGCUAGCUAGAUGGGAUACACAUUAUAUAUUUUACAUUGUACAGUCAUUAACUAUGAGUGCACUAUACCAUAGAUGGAGAUUAUAUUCGUAUCGAAGUGCAGGUAUUGUAAUAAGCGCUCGCGCGUCCCCUGGGGCGCUCGAAGAUGAUUCCUUCACCGACAUUACCGACGGUGCAACUCCCGGUAUCUUUCAAAGCGCUGAAUAGUUUCGAACUCGACCGCUAGAGUGCGCAGACCAGAAGGCUCGACGCGGGCGCGAAAGUCUGGAAUAUUAGCUGGGAAUGCGAGAAACGGGACACGGAUCGAUUGAGGAUUUUCUGAGUUUACGAGAGAGCCUUCUGGCCUAAGGCGGGGCGAUCGCUUUCGAAAAAAGCGAGAAUCUACAGCGGUAAAGAGCUAUCCUUUAAUGGCCGGCGCUGCUUCUGGGAGCUGCGCGAGGGAGGUACGCGUAAGAUCUGCGCGCGGCGACUGCGCAAGGCGACUGCGCAAGGCGCGCGGCACCGCGAGGCCGCGCGGCGCCGCUGGGAACGAAAGGGCGUCACUCCGUCGUCGACUCGCGAGGCGGAGCAUCGCGGGUGCGCUCGCGUCGUGAUGCGUAUCGCGCGGUUCGAUUUCUUCAGGUCCGCGGAGUGUAGCGAGACGGCGCGAUGGUGCACUUAGAUUUUGUACACUGACCGAGCGGCGAUAGAGGGCUGUCACAGCCCGUCUGAAAAUGGAAAAAGGAAGAGAAAGGGAAACAGAACGAGAACGGUUUCUCUCCUUUCGCUCUCGCGUGCGUCCGGACGAGAUCGCGAGGCCCCGCCGUUUCUCGCGCACGGCCAUACACAGCCAAACACGUACACACACCGUUUCACUCGCACGCGCGCACGCAUUCGCACGCGUAAAGUAGCGCGACAAAGAAGUCAAGUUACCGAUCUCUGACCCGGUCUCGGGCACGUGUAAAUACCUACAAAUAAUGCCGUAACUAAAGAUUGUAUGAAUAAAGUAUUGACAAAACUGUGA